AUGGUUAUUGGGGACCGUAUUCUAUCACAACAUCUCAGUGACGUGGAGACCUCACGCUUGACUCUCAGCCUCGUCGGAUCUGAGACGAGCGCCUUGGUAGAGACUACAACAUGCAAGCACCUUGCUCCGGAGCCUUUGAGCAAGCUGAUGCCAGGAUUCGAUAACACGAGCGCUCAUCGACUGCCUCCUGGCCUUCAGAAGCUCACCAACCUCGACUACGAUGGUGCUGUGUUCCACUGGGCACUUGCCAAACUGCCAUGCCUCCAGAAGCUAAACCUGACGCACCCAUGCGUUAUCCUACCUGAUGAAGCGCCAACUGAAGUCAAUAUCAAUCUCACGACGCUCAACGUGUCAGUCCGCUCGGAGGUACUCAGAGGUAACAGUCAUCACUAUGCCGCCUUCAAGGCAUUUCUUGCUCACUUCCCCUCCCUAGAGGUUCUCAGACUGACAAUGUACGAUCUCGAAGUCGACAUGAUGCCUGCGAGCCCUUCAGAUCUCGAGGAAGACUACGAACGCAGCUUCGAUACCCUGCUUGAGCGGCUCAGUCCAGUUGCUGCCGAUCUGACCAUUCUCCCACUAGGCGUCUACCAUGACGCCGAAGACUACGACGGUCCCGCCAACAACUUUCUCCGUGACGUUCAGCCCACUUCCGGUUUCCAGCAAUUCAAGGCACUCAAGAACCUCGUGGCACCAUAUCAAUGCUUAUUGGGACGAACAAUCUCCACGGUCGACACUCUUCCUUCACCCGCAACAAUUCUACCCGCUAGGCUCGAACGUCUGGAAAUGAACUGCCCGCAAAUCAACAUCUACGAUUGGCUUGCUCGGCCCCGCAAUGCCCGGGACCGGCUUCCUGCUUUGUCUAAGAUCGAGCUCUAUUGUCAGAGGCCAUAUGGAGAUGAAUACCCUUUGUUCGCUCACGAGAACCUUGAGCAUAAUGUGUUUGAGGUCAUGAGCGAGACUGAUAUUACGCUAGAUGUUACGUAUUGGCCGCGAGACUGGAGAGAGGACUUGAAUGACUACGAUCUUGACAUACCUGCCUCGAUCGAGUGGGUUGAGAGUCUCGAUGUACGAAGCUGGACCUAUAAGCUAACGUACCUAUACAACAAUGAUAUACUUGGUAUCUGCAAGGGGAUAACGGCCCAAGCCAUGGCACACGCAGCUGCUACUCUCUGUCAGCAGUAUAUUGGCACGAACGUGGUGUAA